AUGCUGCCGUUCAAGGUAACUGAUGCUUACGCCCGGAUAGUCUACGUGCCACCAGUCGAUUAUGCAGAGGAUUUUGAAGGGAGCUGGGCACAUAUUCAUUACUCUGUGAAGGAGCCGGUUUCGGCCAACACCAGCGAUCUAGGAACGGUGGUCUUCGCUAACGGCCAGGGUUUCGUAGCGGCAUCCAGCUUCACAGACAGCUGUCAAGGAUGGACCAUCGAAGACAAUGGCAAUCAGGUAACGGCUCCAGAGCAUCAGCCGUACACCUUGGGGGGUCUCGAUCGGUGA